UGUUCGGGGAGGCUGAAAACGUAAGGCAGUUAUGGACGUCUCGUGACGGUGACAUUGACACCGUCACUUGACGCCGUCAAUUAACGCCAUUACACCCAUUUCUCCCUUCUAACCAUAUAACUGCGUGCGAUCCUCUGAGUCGAUUCAAAUGCGUGGAAGCACAGGUAUAUAUUUGCCCUAAAUUUAUCGGGAGGGAAAGAAAUCGAAGUUUUAUUGCCAGGGUUUUGGUUUUCACGAGUCAGCCCUAAUAUUGUUUAAUGGCGGUCUCGUAAUACGCGACGAAACAGUUUGUUGAGUUUUAUUCUCGUUUUUAUAUAAUGCGAGAAAUAAUAGUUUAAUUGCUGGAUGUGCAUAAUUAAUGUAAGAGCUUGUCGUGUAAAAUUCUCCUGUUAGUCGCAAAUUCAGGAGUUUCGAAGGAUUCAUUAGCCUUGGGAAGCACGUUCGAAUGAAAUACAGUGUAAAUUUGGUGACGUUAUGGCUCAACAGUCGUCUCGUCUUCAACGUCUGCUCACACUUCUUGACACUGGUACUACGCAGACAACUAGGCUUACGGCUGCACGGCAGAUAGGAGAAAUUGCAAAGCUGCAUCCCCAGGAUCUUAAUAUACUCUUGAAGAAGGUUUCUCAGUAUCUUCGAAGCAAGAAAUGGGAUACCAGGGUUGCUGCUGCUCAGGCUAUUGGUGCCAUCGCAGAAAAUAUUAAAUCUGUAUCUGUGAAUGACAUUAGAGCUGAUACUGAAUCUGAGUUGUUGAAGUUGGGAAUUGCUGAGAAUGUUAAAGACCUAACUAUAGUAAGUUGGAAUCCAGCACAAAAUUGCUCGACACUUCUUUCUUUUGGCAGAUUUGACAUUAAUAAAGUUCUAGAAUUUGGAGCUCCGUUGCUUGCAUCAGGAGGACAGGAAUAUGAUAUUGCAAUAGAUAAUAGUAAGAGUACAGCUGAGCGGUUGGCUCGACAGAAAGAAAAUCUAACCCACCGAUUAGGAUUAGAUAUGUAUGGCUAUAUGGAUGUUAAUGAGAUGAUACGGGAUGAGGAUCUUGUUAUGCAUAAGGUGCCAACCCAGGGAAAUGGAUCACAGCAUAUAUACUGCACAUCUCAAUCCAGUGGCCAGCAAAUUCAAAAACUUGUUACAAACAUGGGUCAAGGAAUUCGUCAUAGACCACUAAGUGCAAGGGAGCGCAAUUCACUGAAACGGAAAGCCAAGGUUAAUGUUAAAGACCAUUCGAAAGGUUGGUGUGAUGAUGACAAUCUUGAGGAAGCAGUUUCAAAGAACAAAGUCACUGCAAAAUCUGUAGCUGUGGACCAGCCACAAAAAUGUAACAAGAUAACAGAGACACCAGUUGAUGAAGACUGUUUGGAACAAGUUGGUGAUGGGAGAUGGCCAUUUAUGUACUUUGUAGAGCAGCUCUUUCAUGAUAUAUUUGAUCCUGUUUGGGAGAUACGUCAUGGAAGCAUUAUGGCUUUGAGAGAAAUUCUAAGUUACCAAGCAGCAUCUGCUGGAGUGUUCUUGCCUGAUUUAAACACAAAAGGUGCCUGGUAUACUGACCUGGAAGAGGGCAAGAAGAACAAUCCCCUAAAAAGGGAGCGGGAAAUCGAAAUUGAUUUGAAUGUUGGUUUAAAUUUAGAGGAUUACAUGUCAGAGGCAAAAAGAAUAAAAAUUGAACAUCACUCAGCUGAAUUUUUGACAGAAAUUGAUCCUGAGAAGGAACUGAAACCUGGGAUACUUGUGAAACAAGAAAAUGGCACGUGGAAUUCAAACACCGCUGAUACUCCUUGUGAAAUAAACUUGGUUUCUGCUAAGCCAGAGUUAGAUUUAAAUGAAGAUGUAGGACCUGCAUCUGCCUCUGAAAGGGAAGGAAUUUCUCUUCAGAAACAUAAGAAUAUGCAUAUAGAUUCGGGAUUUAUAUCAAAAUUACCUGAAGACAGCAGGGCACUGAAGAUGUUAAGAUUAGCACAGCAUGUAUCAGCAAAAAAUUGGGAAUUUCUUCAGGACUGUGCUAUUCGAUUUCUUUGUGUAUUAUCUUUGGACCGUUUUGGAGAUUAUGUUGCGGAUCAGGUUGUGGCUCCUGUACGAGAGACUUGUGCCCAGGCUCUUGGUGCUGUGCUUAAGCAUAUGCAUCCUUCCAUGGUCUAUGGGACCUUGAAUACUCUUCUUCAAAUGCAGCAUCGUCAAGAAUGGGAAGUUCGGCAUGGGAGCCUCUUAGGUAUCAAGUAUUUGGUUGCAAUUCGCCAGGAAAUGCUUCAAGAAUUGCUUUCUGGUGUUCUUCCUGCAAUUGAUGUUGGCUUGGAAGAUCGAGAUGAUGAUGUAAGAGCAGUUGCAGCCGAGGCCUUGACACCUGCUGCAUCAGCUAUUGUUUCCUUUGCUGGCCAGACGGUGAAUAGAAUUCUUAUGCAACUGUGGGAUAUUCUGCUUGAUUUGGAUGAUCUAAGCCCCUCCACUAGCAGUGUUAUGCAUUUACUGGCAGAGCUCUAUUCUCAGCCAGAAGUGGUGCCAAAAACAUUAGAAGCCUUGCUUCCAGUGCAGAGACAGAUUUUUGAUUUGAAUGAAGCAGUUGGGGUUGAUGACCAUGCAGAUAGCACAAUGGCUGAUGACAAUCCAUACUUGCUAUCAAGUUUAGCUCCUCGCUUAUGGCCAUUUAUGAGGCACAGCAUUUCAUCAGUUCGUCAUGCUGCAAUACGAACUUUGGAGCGACUUUUGGAGGCUGGAAGUAAAGGGAAUUCCCCCACGUGUAGAAUGCAGAAUUUCUGGCCAAUUCCUAUCCUGGGUGAUGCAUUAAGAAUUGUAUUCCAGAAUAUGCUUUUGGAAUCCAAUGAAGCGAUUGUUAAGUGUUCGGAGAAGGUUUGGCGUCUUUUGCUUCAGUGCCCACACGAGGAGCUAGCAGCUGCUGCAGACUGUUAUUUUGCUUCAUGGUUAAAGCUUUCAACAACCCCCUCUGGCUGCCUUUUGGAUGCAUCAAAAAUGUUUUCACCCACCUCUCUUCCAAGGAGGAGUCAGUUUAAGGCUGCUGCAAAGUUGAGAGCUUCCAAAGGAGAAAGUCUAAACCUUGGACAUGUUGCUAUAACUACUGAGAAAGAACUUCCUACACAUGACAAAAGUUUAGACAUCUCUUCAAAUUUCACAAAGAUAUAUGUUGGUGCAGAUGGUGAACAAUCAGUGACUUGUAUGAGAGUUGUUACUGCAUCAGCAUUGGGGGUCCUUGCAGCCAAUUUACCAGAGGCACUAUUUCAGAAACUUGUUGAUUCAUUGCUGGAGCAUUUAGCAUCGUUAUCUGCUGUCCAGCGGCAGGUUGCAUCUGUUGUUCUUGUAUCAUGGUUUAAAGAGCUUGGUGUAUGUACCUCAAAGGAAAGAAUGGCUUGUGCAGUUAAUGCUGUCAAUUCUAUUCGGCAAAGACUUUUAGACUUGCUGGAUGGCGGUGAUUCUUUUAUGCCUACUUGUGAUCUCUCCUUACCAUAUGCAGAGCUUUCUCGGACCUAUUCAAAAAUGAGAUCUGAGGCUGCUGCAUUAAUCCGAAUUGCCAGUACUUCAGGAUUCUUUCAAAACAUAUUUUCUACAGGAAUUCCUCCAGCAGAUGAGUUAAGUAUAGAUGCUGCAGUAGAUCUGGCGACAAAGGUUCUGGUGUCAAAGGAUGCUUUUUCUGAAGAUGGGAGAGAGAAGCAAGCCUUUGAGAGUUUGGAGGCAGCAAGACAACGGCUUUUGGCCACUGCGGGAUAUUUGAAAUGUGUUCAGGGCAAUUUGCAUAUUAGUGUUACCGCUUUAAUGUCAGGUGCAGUCGUUUGGAUGGUAGAGCUACCCGCUAAGCUAAAUCCAGUCAUAAAACCUCUUAUGUCUGCUUUGAAAAGAGAACAGGAGGAAGUCUUACAAAGGAUGGCGGCUGAAGCAGUAGCAGAAAUCAUUUCACAGUGUGUUGGACGUAGGCCCAGUCCAAAUGAUAAGCUGAUCAAGAAUAUAUGUGCAUUGACCUGUACAGAUCCAAGUGAAACUCCUCAGGCAACACAGAUGAAUGCAAAUGAGUUAAAUUUAGAGGAGGACUCAGUUUUGAUGGGGAAAGGUGCUGGCAAUCAACAUUCAAAGUCACAAACUUCUUCUGUUGGUGAGGAAAGAUCUAGGGCUGAAGGUUUUAUCAGCAGACGUGGGGCAGAAAUUGCUUUGAAGUCCCUAUGUGACAAGUUUCAAAAUUCACUAUUUGAAAGGCUUCCUAGGCUUUGGGAAUGUCUCACAGAAGUUUUUAAGCCAAGUGUACCUGAUGGUUUGGAGCUGUUAGAGGCUUUACAAAACAUGCAAAUGAUGGAGUUCAAUGAAGAGCCUCAAGUCUUGAUAAACAAUCUUCAGGUUUUGCGUUCGAUUGCACCUCUGCUGGUACAGCCUUUACAAUUCAAAUUGUUAACACUACUACCUGGCAUCUUUGGCUGUGUACGUCACUGGCAUGUUGCUGUUAGAUUGGUGGCUUCAAGAUGCAUUACAUCUAUGGCAAAAACAUUAUUGGUCAAUGUGAUGGGAGCAGUGAUGGAAAAGGCCAUCCCUAUGCUGAGGGAUUCAUCAUCUGUUCAGGCAAGGCAAGGAGCAGGCAUGCUUAUUACUCUAUUAGUUGAGGAUUUGGGAGUGAAGCUGGUAGCAUAUGCUCCCCUUCUUGUUGUUCCACUUUUGGGCUGUAUGAGUGACAGUGAUCCCAAUGUAAGGCAGAGUGUAACUCGGAGCUUUGCUGCUUUAGUUCCUCUUCUGCCACUUGCUAGGGGUGUUCCAUCACCAACUGGACUCAGUCAAAAGCUAUCCUCGAGAACUGCCGAGGAUGCUCACUUUCUGGAGCAACUUCUUGAUAAUUCACAAGUUGAUGACUAUAAACUUGCUGUAGAGUUGAAAGUGACCCUUAGAAGGUACCAACAAGAAGGUAUCAACUGGCUAGGAUUUCUCAAGCGUUUUAAGCUUCAUGGGAUUCUGUGUGAUGACAUGGGUCUUGGUAAAACACUCCAAGCAUCAGCAAUAGUAGCAUCUGAUUUUGUGGAACGUGUGGCUUCCAAAGUAGAUAAAGAUCAGUUGCACUCAUUAAUUGUGUGCCCAUCAACAUUGGUGGGUCAUUGGGCCUUUGAAAUUGAGAAAUUUAUUGAUACCUCCGUUUUAAAUCCUCUGCAAUACGUUGGAUCUCCUCAAGAGCGCUCUUUGCUUCGAAAUCAAUUUACAGAAUAUAAUACUGUUAUAACAUCAUAUGAUGUUGUUCGCAAAGACAUUGAUUUCUUGGGGUCUCUUGUCUGGAAUUACUGUAUUUUAGAUGAAGGUCACAUCAUAAAGAAUGCAAGAUCAAAAAUUACUACUGCAGUCAAACAGUUGAAGGCUGAACACCGUCUUAUUCUGAGUGGAACACCAAUUCAGAACAAUGUCUUGGAGCUCUGGUCACUUUUUGACUUUCUUAUGCCAGGUUUCCUUGGAGCAGAGAGACAGUUUCAGUCCACUUAUGGGAAACCAAUAUUGGCUGCAAGAGAUGUGAAGCGUUCAGCCAAGGAUGCAGAAGCUGGUGCCCUUGCCAUGGAAGCACUACACAAACAGGUCAUGCCUUUUCUUCUUCGACGAACAAAAGAUGAAGUAUUAGCUGAUCUGCCAGAAAAAAUAAUUCAGGACCGGUAUUGUGAUUUGAGUCCUGUACAGCUGAGACUUUAUGAACACUUUUCUAGGUCAGAAGCUAAAAAGGAAAUAUCUACCUUGGUUGAGGCUUAUGGGUCAUCAGGUGCAGAUGACGAGCCUACCACCACAUCAAAGGCAUCUUCCCAUGUCUUCCAGGCUUUGCAAUACUUGCUUAAAUUGUGCAGCCAUCCAUUGCUUGUAAUAGGAGAUGCACCAUCUGAUUCUCUUGUGUCAAAGCUAUCUGAGUGCAUUCCUGAUAGUAAAGAUAUCAGAACAAGCUUGCAUGAUCUGCAGCAUGCUCCAAAAUUGGUUGCUCUUCAGGAAAUACUUGAAGAAUGUGGAAUAGGCACAGAGAAUGGAAUAGGUAUGGAAAGCUCAGGUAGCGAAGAUGCAGCUGUUGCAGAAGGCAGUCAGCACAGGGUCCUUAUUUUUGCUCAGCACAAAGCAUUUUUGGACAUAAUUGAGAAGGACCUGUUUCAAACUCGUAUGAAAAGUGUGACAUACAUGCGUCUGGAUGGUUCUGUUGAGCCGUCGAAACGGUUUGAUAUUGUAAAAACAUUCAAUUCAGAUCCAACUAUUGAUGUUCUUCUACUGACAACACAUGUUGGGGGACUUGGUUUGAAUCUAACAUCUGCAGACACUGUGGUUUUUGUGGAGCAUGACUGGAAUCCAAUGCGAGAUCAUCAGGCCAUGGAUAGAGCUCAUAGACUGGGACAGCGCAAGGUGGUGAAUGUUCACAGGCUUAUUAUGCGAGGAACAUUGGAAGAGAAAGUCAUGAGUCUUCAGAAGUUCAAGGUCUCAGUUGCUAAUGCAGUCAUAAAUGCUGAGAAUGCUAGUCUGAAUUCAAUGGAUACAACUCAGUUACUUGACCUGUUUACUACAUCUGCAUUGUCUGGGAAGGUGGCUUCAUCUUCAAAGAAUCUGGAAAAUGAUGAAACAUCAAACAAUGUAAAUGCUAUAGGUGCGGGCAAAGGCCUGAAGUCAGUGCUUAAUGGCUUGGACGUGCUCUGGGACCAAUCACAGUAUACCGAAGAAUACAAUGUUGGGCAGUUUGUAGCGAGGCUCAACAGCUGAGUUGGUCAGCACUGUACAGAUGUAAAUUGGAAGAGUUUAUAGGAAAAGAUCAAUUCGGAGUUCAAUUUUCAAAAUGGUUGAUUCUUUUGUGAACAUUAUGCCUUCUUGUAGUAACAUCAAUCUUUUGAUGCUGAUGCCGAGAUUUGAGCUGCUUUGGUAAGCAAAAGAGCUGUGGGAAACCCAACUAGUUUAUGGCUUGAGCAUUCAUGCAUUAUUUCCCACCCAUGCAGUCGAGCAAAGGCUUGUAAAAUAUGUCAUGUCCAGUGGCAUAAGAAAUGUAAAAUUAUUACUGUAUAGUCAAAGGUGCUUUUUGAGCUUUGCUCACUUGAUUCUUUUUGCACACGCAAAUGUCAAAGUUUGGAUUAAAAUGAAAGUUUUGACUGAUCUUAGCACCUUCAAAAAAUUGAGUUCCCUAGGAAGAUGAGGCGCGAUUAUUGUUUUCCUAACUCUAGUUGUGGAGGUAGUUGAAAAGAUUAAGAAGGUUCUACUGAAUGAAAGAACUAUUUUUUGGCCUCCGCUGAGUUGGGUUAUCAAAAUAUUUGUUGCAUGAUCCAAAUGAAUGCAAGCUAUUUACAUUAAGGUCAUUUUUUAAUGUCACAGCCUGGACACUGUAGGCUUGUGAGUUUUCCCCUUGCGGGGCUAGAGGACAUUUCACGUUACAUUAUAUAUUAAAUUUUGUACAUCUGAAAGGGCAUCCAUGAAAUUGAGAUUAUGUGGACACACCAUACAUCUGAAUUAUUUUUGGGAGAGUUAGUGUAUUUACACCUGUGCGUAAUUUGUUCA